UUUUGUAUAUGCUUGUAUAUUUUCCCCUUUCAAGCUUCAAUUUUUUCCUUUCUUUAUUUUUUUUCCUUUAAAGCCUUUCAAGCUUUUAAGCUUUAAACAAAUUUUUUAUAAAAAAAUUUUUUUUAAUUUUUAUUUAUGUACUAUAAUUUUAUUUUAUAAUUUUUUUAUACCUACUUAAUGUUUUCUUUUAAUUAUUUUAGCAUUUCUUCUAAUUUUUAGAUCAAAAUUUCAAUUUACUUUAAUUAAAUUAUUUUACAAUAAUGAGCGAGGAUCGAAAAAUUAUUAAACAUGAGGGUGUUAAAUAUUAUAAAAAGGAGAGUCAAUUGUAUCGUUUGGUUCCAACUGGAGAAGACAAUGUGCCUGCUGACAUUAAAACCAAAAAAUCCAAAUUAAACCUUCAACCAGAAAUUCUACUUGAUAUAUUUAAAUUUCUCAACUUUGUUCAAUUAUUGGCUGUUCAACAAACAAAUUUUUAUUUCAAAAAUUUUAUUGACAAAUAUGGAAAAGAAUUGGCAAGAAAGAAAUUCGAAAGCCUUUAUUUUGUGCUUGACUUCGACUUUCGUUUUGACGGACAUAUAUUUGUUGGACUAGAACAUCAACCUAAUGAUUUUCAAUUGAGCGAGCAACUUGAGGAAAAGUGGAAACGUGCAAUAGAAGAGUCAAUUCCAAUGUUUUUAACAUGGCCUGAAAUGGAGGAACUAGAAACCGUUGUUUGUGAUUUGGGACAAGAUUAUUUCAACGAGUUUCACGAGAUGGGCCUAACUGUUAAGCCUAGUGAGCCUUUUUAA